CCUGCCUGCAGCCGACGCCCCCGCCCGGGCCCCCCAGCAGCCCCGCGCGCCCCCCACGCUGGCCCAGAGGGCUGCGGCCGCCUCGCCGCUGAGGAUGUCCCGGAAGGGGCCGCGGGCCGAGGUGUGUGCGGACUGCAGCGCCCCGGAUCCUGGUUGGGCCUCCAUCAACCGGGGGGUGCUGAUCUGUGAUGAGUGUUGUAGCGUCCACCGGAGCCUGGGCCGGCACAUCUCCAUCGUCAAACACCUCCGACACAGCUCCUGGCCUCCCACCUUGCUGCAGAUGGUACACACCCUUGCCAGCAAUGGGGCCAAUUCCAUCUGGGAGCAUUCCCUUUUGGAUCCUGCUCAGGUGCAGAGCGGACGGCGAAAGGCCAACCCUCAGGACAAAGUCCACCCCGUCAAGUCGGAAUUCAUCAGAGCCAAGUACCAGAUGUUGGCAUUUGUUCAUAAACUACCGUGUCGGGAUGACGAUGGCGUCACCGCCAAGGACCUCAGCAAGCAAUUACACUCCAGUGUAAGGACUGGCAAUCUGGAAACCUGUUUGCGCCUGCUGUCCCUGGGUGCCCAGGCUAACUUCUUCCAUCCCGAGAAGGGCACAACCCCUCUGCAUGUGGCGGCCAAGGCUGGGCAGACGCUUCAGGCGGAGCUGCUGGUGGUGUAUGGGGCUGACCCAGGGGCCCCUGACAUCAAUGGAAGGACUCCUAUUGACUAUGCCAGGCAGGCUGGGCACCAGGAGCUGGCAGAAAGGCUGGUAGAGUGCCAAUACGAGCUGACUGACCGUCUGGCUUUCUACCUAUGUGGACGUAAGCCGGAUCACAAGAAUGGGCAUUAUAUCAUCCCACAGAUGGCUGACAGCCUGGACCUCUCAGAGCUGGCAAAGGCAGCAAAGAAGAAACUUCAAGCCCUGAGCAACCGACUGUUUGAAGAGCUGGCCAUGGACGUCUAUGAUGAGGUUGAUCGAAGAGAGAAUGAUGCAGUGUGGCUGGCCACCCAGAACCACAGCACCCUGGUGACGGAGCGAAGCGCGGUCCCUUUCCUCCCAGUCAACCCAGAGUACUCAGCCACUCGAAACCAGGGGAGACAGAAGCUUGCCCGCUUCAAUGCCCGGGAGUUUGCCACCCUGAUCAUUGACAUCCUCAGCGAGGCCAAGCGAAGACAGCAGGGCAAAAGCUUGAGCAGUCCAACAGACAACCUUGACUACUCCCAGCGCAGCCAGAGUGACUUGGACGACCAGCACGAUUACGACAGUGUGGCCUCCGACGAGGACACAGACCAGGAGCCCCUGCGCAGUGCCGGUGCCACCCGCAACAACCGUGCCAGGAGCAUGGACUCCUCAGACCUGUCAGAUGGGGCAGUUACUCUGCAGGAGUACUUGGAGCUCAAGAAGGCACUGGCCACCUCAGAGGCCAAAGUGCAGCAGCUGAUGAAGGUCAACAGUAGCCUGAGUGACGAGCUGCGGAGGCUGCAGAGAGAGAUCCACAAGCUUCAGUCUGAGAACUCACAGAUCCGGCAGCAGUCAGGCCCUGCCCCGACAGCCCCCGUGCCCAGUGAGCGAGCAGAGCACGCGCACGGAGGUGCAAGUGUGGCUGCCCACCGCCGGGAUCGCCAGGCCUUCUCCAUGUAUGAGCCAGGCUCUGCCCUUAAGCCUUUUGGGGCCCAGCCCGGUGACGAGCUUGCCUCUCGGCUCCAGCCCUUCCACGGCAGUGAGCUGGAGGACGAUUCUGUGUACUCCGUCCACGUCCCUACGGGCCUCUACCGGAUCCGCAAGGGUGUCUCGGCCUCAUCUGUACCUUUCCCGCCUUCUUCCCCACUGAUGUCCGGCACGCAGGACGGAGGCCGCCACAUGAGCAAACUCUCCCGCCAUGGCAGUGGGGCUGACAGUGACUAUGAUAACACUCAGAGUGGGGAACCGCUGCUUGGGCUGGAAGGAAAACGCUUCUUGGAUCUGGGAAAAGAUGAAGAUUUUCACUCUGAAUUGGAGAGCCUGGAUGGAGAGCUGGACCCUGGCCUACCCAGCACAGAGGAUGUCAUCUUGAAAACAGAGCAGGUCACCAAGAAUAUCCAGGAGUUACUGCGGGCUGCCCAGGAGUUCAAGCAUGACAGCUUCGUGCCCUGUUCAGAGAAGAUUCACGUGGCAGUGACGGAGAUGGCCUCACUCUUCCCGAAGAGACCCUCUCUGGAGCCCGUGCGCAGCUCCCUCCGACUUCUCAACGCCAGCGCGUGCAGGCUGCAGAGCGAAUGCCGCAAGACGGCGCCCCCUGACCCCGGCGCCCCCGUGGACUUCCAGCUGCUCACGCAGCAGGUGAUUCAGUGCGCCUACGACAUCGCCAAGGCGGCCAAGCAGCUGGUGACCAUCACCACUAGAGAGAAGAAGCAGUGACCGCCUCCCGCCCUCCCCGAGGGGCCCUCCCUGCCUCUCCCUCCCCGGCCACACUCGCUCCUCCCCACCCGAGCAGCCGCUGGCACAAGUGCCCUUAGAGCUGGUGUGCUUGCCUUGGGGUCCGACACUCCCUCAUUCCCCCCUCCCAGGAAGGCCUGGGGGGUGAGGAGGGUGGCAAGGGACUCUUUGCCCACUGGAAGGGAGGUGGGACUCAGGGACAGAGUCUGAGCAGGGGGCCCAGCCCCCCCCUCCCAAUUGUAAAUAAGACCUUUCCCUAGCAGAGUUCCGGGGUGGGGGUGAGGACGUGAGGACUGCUCCCUCCGGCUCCCGGCCCCCUCCUUCCCCAGCUUCCUUAGGCUCCUUCGGCAAAGGAUCAGGGGGAAGGGCCACUCCAUGCUGGGGCCCGCUCCCCACACACGCACACCCACCCCCAUGAGCCAGUUUAGUCCUCCCGUGGACUGAGCGGGGGGCAUUCCCCCCACCUUGUACAUAGUCUUAGUGGAUAUCCCCUUCCCUGUAGCCACCAGCCCCUCAGCUGCUCUCUCUCUCUCUCUCUCUCUCUCUAAUGCCAAACGGCCCCUGCCCCUGGUGUGGGCUCAGCUCCUGCCUGGGGGCUCCCAGCAGCAAACACUGGAAAUUGUUUUUCUUAAUUUUAACUUUGUGGUAACUGAGUGUCCCUGUGUGCCUGAGUGUGAGUGAGUGGGCGGCGGUGCCGUCCUGCAAGCCUGCUCCCUUUGGGAUUUUGGAGUUUUCGAUUGGGGUCGGGGGGGAAGGAAGGGGACCAAAUGAGGACAGAGAUGGAGAUGACACUACCCUGGAACCUCCCUCUUCCCUGCCCUGGGCAGAGCCUGCCAACUUGAUGAGCUGUGGUUAUACCAGCUACGAUCCCCAGCCCCAUACCCCUUUGUCACCCUACUCUCCCCCCCCCCCAGCAUCCCUUUCUGUGAAGAGGAGCUGAAAUGCCCUGCCCCACUUCACUUGGGAGGCCGGAGGAGGAUGUCUGAAUGACUCUGCCUUGCCAGAAGAGUGAAGGACCCUAAGCCUGGGGCUGGCUCCCCCGGGGUCCCUAACCCAUCUGCUCGGCCAAAGUCCUUGCCAUCUCAGUCCCUUCACAAGCCCCUAACCAUCCUGAGGGCCCAGUGUGGGGCGCAGGAUCCAAAGUUUUGGGCACCUGGUCCCCCCCUGGGCACCUGCCCCUUGCCAGGGCUCUAGAGGCAUGCCAUAUUGUCCUAGCAGGGUGGAGAUUCUCCAGCUCCUCUCCUUCCUCACCCCAAACACUCCACCCCAUUUGGGGCUGGCCAUGUCUGUGUGGUGGUGGGUGGGCUGACUGUCAGAUGUGUGUCAUGUACAUUUGUAUCAAAAAUAAAUAAGUGACCAUUC